GAUCUAUAGUCUGAUUGGUUAUCUGUGACGACGAGACCCCGCCCAUCGGAUUCAACUCAGAAACCCGCCAUUUUGAACUAAACCGGGGAAAAAAAUACUCGGGCAGAAGAAGUUUAACUUUCUUUUAUUUUUUUCUUCCAUUUGAGUGUGUGAGCAGUUAAGCCUAAUGCCGAAGUAUUUGGUAGUUACUCUCAAACAGAAACUUGCUUCGAAUGGCGGUUUGGAGAAUCCAGAUUUCAGUUGAAACGGAAACGAUUUAAAAACGGUUGGGGUUUAAACGGAGUUUGGUGGGGGUUUUCUGGGAUGGAGGUGGACAUCCUGGAGUUCAAGGUUCCUACGGACAACAACAAAACCGUGUUCGUUUGGGAUAUCCCUCCGGUUCCGACCCAGGAUCAGGUUUAUGAGCAGCUCCAUCAUGUCUUCUCCUCUUUUGGACCGCUCUACCUGUUGAAGCUGUGUCCCAACGCUCCGCUCCACCCACCUGGUUUCUACGCCAUCAUCAAGUUCUACUCUGCUGCUCACGCUGCCAACGCCCAGAGACUCACAGAUGGAUGCCCUCUGCUUCACAACUCUGCCCUCAAGGUGAAGCUGAGUUCCAAGCAGACUCCCCACUUCCUGUCUGGCAGGAACUCUCCUCUGAGCCACGCCCGCUGCCUGGAUCUGGCCAAUCACUACCUGGGCUUCAAUGGCUGGACCUCUGAUAUCAUCACACUGAAGGAGCUCACCAAUGAAGAAGAAGGUGAGGAUGAAGAAGAGGAUGUGGGUGGAGCCAGACAGAGGUUAAGGUUCGGCUGUAUGAUGAAGCUUGGCUUCCCGCGUUACGGCGUGACAACCAGAGGAGCCGCAGUGGUUGAGGAGACCUUCAACUGUACAGGUCCAGACGUCCUCCUGCAGAGACGCUGCAAGCUGCAGCGGUCGGUCAGAGAGAAGGCCCUGGUCCAGGCCUUCUCCUCCGUGCUGCUCAUACUUCUAGGGAAUGGUAAGGUGAUGGUGGAGCUGAAACAGACCUCAGAUCAGUUUGACGCUGACGAGACUGAAGACGUCCUGGAGGUGAAUGAGUUUUCCCUGCCAGAGGCUGAUGAUGAGGAGGCUGAUGAUGAAGACUGGGAUCUGACCGUGUCUUAGACUCCCUCAGGAUUACAGUUUGGACUGAUCCGAGGUCAGCCAGCCGCCUUCCUGAUUGGCUGGUUCUGCUCAGGUGUGUCAGACAGAAAACAGAUGCUGAGAUGCUGAAUGUUUUUAUUUCUGAACAAAGCUGUGGUUCUGCACAGGAAGGUUCUGGUCUGAGCCGUUUAUCUCCCAAGACCUCUCACCCUAUCUGCCAAUCUCUGCCUCCCAGCUGGAGUAGAGGUCAGGCUUCCUCCCACCACUACGUAGCCCUGCAUGCAGGAAGCAACAGGCAGGAAGUGGUUAGAACGGUGAUAGAUGCAUGGAAUCUGGUUAACCAUUAAUAACAGGAAGGAACUAGUGGAAAGAUGAGUAAAGGUUGGACAUUUUCAGAAACA